AAAACUCUAGGGAUUAGCUAGAGUAAUUUGCAGUUUCUCAUCGACAACUUGCAACCAGUGACUCUCAAGAUGGCCACCGAGGUUUAUGUCAUCACCGGCAUCAAGGCAGGUGUUGUUGAUAACAAGCCGCCACUUCGCUUCGAGGUAGACACUUGGUACCAGCCCGACCACAAGAAGCAGACGAAGGAGCAGUUGAUCCAGAACAGUUUGUUCAUCUGGGCUCUCAAAGCGUUCGAGGAGAAAGACCCCACGACGAAGCUCUCCUUUUUCUCGGUUGCCGGCAUUCACGGAUAUCCCUAUCAGCCAUGGGAUGAAGCAGACUACACGGCGGCGACAGCCGGUGCAGGUUACUGCACCCAUGACAGUAUCCUGUUCCCGUGCUGGCAUCGUCCAUACAUCCUGCUUUACGAGCAAGCUUUGUAUGAAAUCAUGAUGAAAGAGCUCAUUCCGGAGGUCCCAGGGACCGCGCAAGAGGAGUGGAAGGCUGCUGCGAACACGUGGCGGUUGCCGUAUUGGGACUGGGCGCAGAAGAAGACUCGGCCGAGCGCCGACGGGUCCCAGACAAGACUCAUCUAUGAUGUUCCGCUGAUUGCCAAGUGGCCGAGAAUCAGUGUGGUUGACUACAGGCAGGCGGACGUGGGGGUCAUCGCCGAGAUCGACAACCCCAUGUACAAAUUCACCAUGCCCCUCGAAACGAAGAUGGGCUCUUAUGGUAUCAACGACUUGCAAGACAUGAACGCGGAUAACCAACUACUCACUACUCCCUUUUCCAAGUCUCAAAGCUCGUCCCGUUGGGCGACCUUCGAACCCCAAGGGGAAGCAGUCUCGGCGAACUGGGUGGAUGGCACCGUCAACAACGACCGUAUUGCGGAAGCUCUCGAAGCUCACCCGUGGUACAACAACAACGCUGAUGGGGUGCCACUCGCCGAGAUGGUCUACCGGCUCUACGAGCCCGAGUACGUCAAGUCGUUCGCGCAGUUCGCGACCACCAGAUUCCCCCAAGGCCAAGAGCCGGAUCCCAAGGCAUAUCUAAAUUUGGAAUUCAUCCAUAACAACAUCCACAACUGGACUGGUGGCCUCAGUGGUUUCACGGGCCACAUGGGACAGGUCCCCGUCGCCGGGUUUGACCCCAUAUUUUUCAUGCAUCACUGCAAUGUCGACCGACAGUUCGCCCUCUGGCAGGCUCUCAACGAACAGAACGCCGAAAACUGGUUCGAUAACCUGCAGCCACCGUACGAUGAUGACGGGACGUGGAACAUUCCUCCUGAGACUAUCGACACACCUCAGACCGCCCUUGCGCCAUUCCACAAGAAUUCGCAGGGUGACUUUUUCAACUCGGACGAUGUCAGAAAGUGGAUUCCGCUGGGGUAUUCCUAUCCCGAGCUCCAGCCCUGGCUCGACAAGUACAAGGCGCCAGAUGGAGCGUUUGACUACACCAAGUACGUCGAAGAUAUUCGCAAUCAGCUGAAGGUCUUGUAUCAGCCGCCCACGUCGCCCACUCUUCGCGAGUCGGUAAAGUCGGACAUCAUUGUCAACGUCACCUACGACCGCUUCGCCUUCAACGGUCUUCCCUACACCAUUUACCUGUUCGUCGGCGACAAAGCCAAGUACGACAGCUACCGCGACGCCAACAACCAGCGGGUGCCGCCCCACAAGCACCCCCAGCACGUCGGAUUCGUGUACACCUUCAGCAACCCCAUCUUCGGCACUCGCACCGGCGGCCGCGGAUGCAACAAGUGCCAGGCCAAGUCCCAACAGAACACACGCUGCCGCGGCCAGAUCCCCAUCACGGCCGCCUUGGUGGCCCGCGCCGGCCUGCUGCCGGGCACCGCGCCGCGCGAAGGGGGUGGGCCUGAGGGCAUCCAUCCCCUGCCCAACCUCGACAGAGACCAGGUUAACGAAUACCUGCGCAGCUUCCUGCACUGGAAUGUCAAGACGGCGGGCGGUACGGAUGUUGCGGUUCCUGCUGAGGACGCGUUCAUCGAGGUGGUGGCUUACCAUCGCGCUGCCCGUUUGGAUGAUCGCUCGGUGGAGCCUUAUCGGCCGCUGGAGGGGGCGACGCUGGGCAAACCUGGCGGUAUCAGGUCGGGCGGCAGUUCUGUUUGAGCGCAAAGGGCUUUCGCGGGUUCGGUAAGUUUCACGGGAGCGGUUGGGUAUGCCGCACAGAAUGCACUUGUGUCUGGGUGAAUUGUUAGUUACCUGGGUACCUACCUAGGUAGGUAGGUAGUUUGUGAGCCAGUUUGAAAUUGAUGCCAGCAGCUCUAUCACGCUCUUUGUGCGUUCUUACA